UUAACUUGAAAAGUAGUAGGUAACUAUCUGAUAUCUGGUUGAACUUGUUUGCAUUUUUUACGUCGAAAAACAUCGCAUACGGACGUCAAGAAGUGUUAUGAUAAAGAUUUCUGCCAAGUUGUCUCGUGAUUGUGUACUUUGUUUCGUAAGAUAUUAGGUUUCCUUUUUUUCUUGACUUUUUGUGCUUAACAUCUGUUACGUUAGUUUUAUCGCAGACAUGUUGUAUGAUGAUGAUAAGGACUUUAUUUUGUACAUAUAGUAAAAAAAACAUAUAUUUAGUACUAAAUGGUUGUUACCUAAUUAAAUGACAAUACUGUGGACAGAUGUAGGGGCCCACAGUGGUUGUUUGUAUAUUUUGUGUAUUUUAGAGUUAGUUAAUAUUCACUAAAAAAUUGUGUUACAAGUUAUAUCAUCAUCCGCAAGCAUUACUCAUCUUAUUUGGACAAAAUGACAAUAUAAGUUUGAAUAAUGAAACAUAAAACACUUUGGAAAACCUUAAAGAAUGCCACAAAAGUUACGGAGUUAUAGUGGCCACUGGUAUAAACAAACUUACAUUGACUCACCUUAGACAUCAUUGGAGUGAUCUAGAAUUUAAAAAGCAUAAAUAAAAAGUCACAAAUAUAAGAGGUCAAGGUGAAUAUAAUUGAUAGUUCUGUGGUUACAGCUUAGUAUAAUAUAAUUCUAUAAACAACAGAUUUGUGGUUGUUCAUGUCAAAACCUCUCGAGCUAAAUAUUUGUAUGUUCAGAAAUAUUGUAUUCGACAAUAAUUGGGCCUGUUAUUUAUUUGGAUGAGAUGUGAGACAAUAUAAGUUACUAAGCAGACAAGCAAUGAUAAACAAAUCAAGCACUGAAAAAAAUAAAACCAUGCAAAAUUGGAUAUAAGCUUAUGCUGGAGUUGAAAAUAAAGUUUUUUUUUAAGUUUUACUGUGACAGUACAUCUAACAAUUGGAGACACUUUUAUAGGUGAAAUAUUGUAUUAAUGGACAAUUUUCACAUGACUUACCAUAGAAAUAACAAAAAUCAGUCAUAGUUGAACAAAGUUUAGAAUAUUGUGAAUAAUAUUACAAAAAUGGAACUUUAUGAAUUUAUUUAAAAGAAUAAAGGGCCAAAAACACUUAAUUUUUAAGAUAAUGUAUUUAACUUUAAUAGUUUUGAAGUUAUGUGGCCGCCAUCUUAUAAUCAACAUUUAAAUGUAAUGGAAAAUAUUUGGAACUUAAUAAGUCAUGAACUGGCAGACAAAAAUGACCCAAAACUAGAAACUAUAACUGAGACCCUCAUAGUAUAAGCCCAUACUUAUAUCACCAAUGACGAUUGGGACAAAGAAAUCAGUCAUUUAAAACAGAGAGAGAAAAAGAGAGCAAUAAUACUAGGAAAAGAGUAGAAUGAAGAUGGUAACAACUUAAUUUUAGUUGAAAUAGGUUAUUCCUAAAAGAAGGGUGAAGUUUUCCUAAUUACAAGUUUUAACAGAAAAUAUCAGCAGCGAAGAUGGCGAUGAAAAAGAUUAUAAUGACAACAAUGUUGUCGACACUAAUUUACAAAAUGGUGUAACUUGAAGAUAUAGAUUGGGUUACAGCAAAGAUAGCUGUCAUCAUUACUGUUCAAUCUUAUUUGGACUACAUUGUAUUUGGAUGUUUGAUUUUUAUUUUCAUCUUUUAAUUCGUUUUAAUUUUCAACAUUUUCCUGUUUUAUGGGAUAAAUUGGCGUAACGAGCUGACGGAUCACCUAUUGGUAAGCAAUUGCCGCCACCUAUAGUAACACCAGAAAAGUUUAGACAACAAUAUCGAACUAGGCAACAUAUCCUAUGGAUUGUCAUUUCAGUAAUAUCACAUAGCUAAACACAAUGUAAGUAUUGUUUAAAGUCGGUUAUCUGGUGGUGUCGCUUCGGUCGAGCCGACCUUUCCGUCUGUCUUACAACUUUUAAUUUCUAUCUAAAUUUCGUACGCUUACAAUGCUAUUUUGUCAAUCAGGUAAUCCGCACCAUGUUUGCAAACAAAGUGGUACUGAUAACCGGCGCCAGUUCGGGAAUCGGAGCAGAAACUGCUCUAGAAUUUUCAAAACUUGAUGCCAAAUUGGUGCUUACAGGAAGAAAUAAACAAAAUUUAGAAAAAGUUGCUAAACAAUGUGAAGGAAAUUCACCAAGCAGUUUAAAACCUCUGAUUGUAAUUGCCGACAUGAAUGUCGAAAGUGACGUAGAGAACAUUAUUAAAACUACUAUCAACGAAUUCAAGCAACUCGAUGUCUUAGUGAACAAUGCUGGUGUUCUUGAAUCUGGUUCCAUAGAAAAUACUUCACUCGAUCAAUACGACCGAGUGAUGAAUACUAACGUCCGAGGGCCGUACCAUCUAACAAUGUUAGCUACUCCUCACCUCAUCAAGACUAAGGGAAAUAUUGUUAACGUAUCUAGUGUGACUGGCUUACGAUCUUUUCCAAACGUUCUUGCAUACUGCAUGUCUAAAUCUGCUUUGGAUCAAUUUACGAGGUGCGUAGCUCUAGAAUUAGCGCCGAAAAGCGUUCGUGUUAAUGCGGUGAAUCCUGGUGUGAUAACAACGGGAAUUCAUAUGAAGUCUAGUAUGAAUGAACAAGAGUACGAACAAUUUAUUAAGAACUGUGCGCAAAGUCAUGCCCUGGGUAGAGCUGGUGAUGCAAAGGAAGUUUCAUCAGUGAUUGUGUUUCUUGCGAGUGACGCUGCUAGUAACAUGACUGGUGUCACUAUCCCAGUUGAUGGGGGACGCCAUGCUAUGUGUCCACGAUAG